AUGGCGGAAGUGGGAGCAGCUGGCGGUAAUGGGCGAACUCAAAUUUCAAAUCCUCAGCAAGGCGGGAACCCUGGUUCCAAUGGUGGGAGCGGCCAGAUCAAAGUUACUGGUCCCAUAGGUGAUAAGGAUAAGCCUCUAGACAUCCCAAAGGCUGUUGUUGACUUACAGUCUGAUGGUACUCUGCCAGAGGAGACAGCGGGUUCAUCUGGGCUUCUGGGGGAAGGGUCCAAUGGGGGGCCCAUUCCAUGUGAUGACUCCGUUGACAGCGGAAGGGAAAAAAAGAAAUGUGGUGGCAGUUCUGAAGGCACUUCAGGAGGCAUUGCUACCAUCUGGAACCUUAAUACUGUUAAAGGUCAGGCCACUCAAAUUGCUCGUAUGCAGUCCUCUAUGGAUUCUGAUGAAGAGAUGUCUGAUUCUGCCUUUUCUGAGGAGGAGGAAUCCGAUAGUGACUCUUCAUCUGAUAAAGAGGACAAUUUUGAUGACUCAGAGUAUGAAAGUGAGAAGAAGAGGAAAUACAGAAAAAUAAGACCCUCUUCAUCCAAGGGCAAAAAGCCUCAAAGCAAACCCCUGACUAGCAUCUCUUUGGAAGGGGAGGAUUUAGAUGAUUCUGAGAAGGAGAACCCUAAAGGGCUGUUGAAGAAGAAAACAAAAAUCCAUACAUAG